AGAGAUUUGCUGCUCUUUGAGGAGCGUUUAAAGGUCAAUGUGGCUCGCUUGAGGAGAAAAAAGCGAAAAUAUCAAAGUCUGUCAUUUUUCCGCAACCAUUGUUAUCUGGAUAGGCUCGCUGAGGCGCACCCAGUCCUUCUUCUUCCUCUGGACAACCACCCACAUAUUGUGGUUUCCCCUUACAUUACUCAAUCGGCGUUUCUAAUCGCACUUACCACCCUCAUCCUCUUCUACGCGAGCGGGUUAUAUGCAGAGAAGAUAAGCUAUGCUAAUAGAUACGUCCCCCAUGCCAACCGUGCCCUGAGAUCCUUCAACAUGUAUUUCAACGUGCGAACGCCUCCCCCAACGCUCCCAUGGCCAUUCAAUCGGUUUAUAAAACCAGCCCCUGAACCCCCUGCGACUUCGCUGGCAUCCCCCAGCGGCACGCGGCAUGGGAGGGGCUCGACCACUAUUGCUCCAAUCCCACCGUCUACAAACCCCCGAGGAGAGCUCAUUUUUUCGUCACGCGUAGACAGACAGUUUAGGGAAGCCUACGAGAGGCAUCGGGCUGCAUUUGAAAGGAAACGAGACGAAAAGGCAUUAGCAGAGGCCGCAGCCGCUGCAUCUGCCCGAUUGUGGGGAUGGCUUCCGGGAGCAAGAGGAAAGGCGCCGGCAUCUUCAUCAACUCGUCCAACAGCCAGUCAUGACACCCGGAGUCCUCCUACAUCACGGAGCCCCACUCCGGUUUCUGGAAGUUCAAAACCCCCAACACCCUCACCUUCGCCUAUUUCCCGCGCAGGACGCCCCCAAACGGACUGA